AUGAAUGUCGAGAAUCUGAUAGCCGAUUUAAAUGAAAUAGAAAAUGAGCUGAAGGAUGAAAACAAAGGUGAGGAGGAGGAGUUUGUUCCUUUCAACUUCGAUGAAUGUGAAGAGUUUAAAGGGAAAGCAUUAUAUGAUGAAAACUUGAGUUAUUAUUCUAUUUUUAAUAUAAAAAAGGAAUACAAAAAAAUGGCAAUCAAGGUAGAGAAAAUACAGGUCAAUGUAAUAAAUAAUUUAAUAUUUUUUUUCAAGCUAAACAAGGUUAAGAGUAACCCGGAAAUGGUGGAGACUAUAAAGGACUGCCUAAAUUUUAGUUUUCAGAAUAAUAAUGAUGAAACUAUUAAAAAGAGUUCAGAAGAGAAGUCUCUAUUUGCUUACAAACAACAUUUAUUAAAAAAUAAAUAUUUUUUUUUAAAAAUAUUACGAAGAAUUAAGAACAGAAGUAUUUAUCCAGAUAUAAAACAAAUUAUUAAAGAUGUUACUAGAGAUGUCUUUUCAUUUAAUGGGAAUAUAUAUAAUGGAAGUAUAGGUUUUGAAGGUAUAUUAUUAUUAUUAUAUAAAUUGUUAAAUAAACAUUUUAAAUGUCCUUUAAGAAAUUUCUUGUUAAGUUUUUUCUUAUUAAGUAUAAUGAGUAGAACAAAUAACAGUGUUGAUAUUUUAUACAUUUUAGAAUAUUUUUACAAAAAUAAUAAUUUCUCUCAUAUUAUUCCAAACUCUUCAUUUUUAUCUCCAUGUGAGGUAACUGUAUACAAUAAUAUAAUUAUUCUAAAAAGUAAUAUAAAGUACUUUAUUAAUAUAACAGAGGAUUAUACUAACUUAUCGUACAACUGUCACAACAUUAUAUAUAUUGAUGAAGAAUUAAUUGCUGAUAAUUUUUACCUUGACAUUUACAAAGAAUUGUUAAAACAGGACAGGUAUCACUACCUAUUCGGAAGUGGUAACCUAUUCGAAGGUAAUUACCAGUAUGGUAAUAAACACUUUGUAAACUUAAACUUCUUUGACGUUGACUCAGUUUGUAGGUCUUUGAAGCGGAGCGAUUCCACCUCCAUUUAUAACAAUUUGAACGUUCAGAAACAGGAAGGUGGAGAAAGUGUGGAAGAGAAAAUUCAACAGGAUAAAGAUGAACAGGAGUUAAAAAAGGAUAGGUGCUACAAUGCAAAUAGCAUUGAUGUGCAAGAAGAAAAUAGCUCAACUAACAAAAAAAAAAUGAAUAGAAGCGAAAAAAAAAUUAGUGUGUCUUCAUCCAUUCUUGAAGAUAUAGGAGUUUCAUCUAAUUCCACCUAUGAUUACAAUGAUAAUGAAAUUGACAUAAAAAAAAUAAAUGAACAAAAUAGUGUGUAUCAGCAUAAUAGCAACGAUAUAAACAAAAGCAUAAAAAACUUCUUUUAUCAGUACUUAAUUAUCGAACUGACUGAAUGA